AUGGCAGUCUUUUAUCCAAUUGUGGGCUUCACCGGUGCUGAGGCUUUCUUCACUUUCUACCUCGUUUUGUCGUUGGGUGUGCUGUUCCAAGAGUAUCUCGCCGAGCUUGUUGUGUUUGCGACCCCGAAUGUGGAGGUGGCGGAAAUCCUGGGAAUGCUCGUGAGCCUCUUCACCUUUUUGUUCGCGGGCUUCAGUCCCCCCGCCUCGGAGCUGCCUACAGGCGUCAAAUGGAUCUACCACAUCAAUCCGUUCACCUACACAAUGUCGGCGCUGUGCACUAUUGUGUUUGGCGAUUGCCCUAGUGAAGGCAGCAGUGCCAUUGGAUGCAACGAGUUGUCGAACGCGCCACCAUCGUUGCGCGAAGGGAUUAUCGUAAAGGAAUACUUUGAAGUCAACUUCGGUAUGAAGCACGAACACAUCUGGAGAAACUGCGGUAUCUUGUUCGGAAUCGUGCUUUUCAUCCGAGUUUUGACACUUUUGGCGAUGCGGUUUCUCAAUUUCCAGAAAAAGUAG